GCAGACGCUUGUUUCCAGGAAGUGACAUCAGCGGCCGCGGAGAUGGACGAUUUACUGGACCUGGGCGAGGAGAGACGUCGCAUCUCGGCCACCUCCGGGGCCAAGAUGGGCCGCAGAGCUCAACAGGAGUCAACACAGGCUGAGAGUCACUUGGGUAGCAAGAAUUCUUCAUUGACUCAUACUGGAGAGGCUCCCCCACCAAAACCACCUCGGCGGCAGGGAGGCUGGGCAGAUGACUCCGUGAAGGUGUCAAAAAUGGGGAAGAAGUUUUCUGAGGAGAUGGAAGACCGCCGUCUCAGACAGCACAGCCUGACUGGAUCAGACGAAGGAGAAGAUAUUCCCGUGAUCCCGGAUCUGGAAGAUGUGCAGGAGGAAGACUUCGUACUGCAGGUGGCGUCCCCUCCGAGCAUCCAGGUAAACAGGGUGAUGACCUACCGGGACUUGGACAAUGACCUCAUGAAGUACUCAGCCUUUCAGACUUUGGAUGGAGAAAUUGACCUGAAGCUCCUCACCAAAGUGCUGGCACCAGAGCAUGAAGUGCGAGAGGAUGAUGUAGGCUGGGACUGGGACCAUCUGUACACUGAGGUCUCAUCAGAGCUCCUCACGGAGUGGGACCUGCUGCGGGCAGAGAGGGAGGACCCUGUGGGACCAUCCAGGUACACCUGACCCAGGAGCAUCACUGUGCAUUUGAAUAAAUGCAAGAAGUCUAAAACCAAGGGAGCUUGUAAGCAACUUAGAAUUUUUAUACUGAAUAUUUUGUAAUAAAAUAUUUAUUUUCAGUAGACCGCAUUGGAUUGCUCCAAUUCAAUAAAUGGCUUUAUUCUGUGA